AUGUUCCAAGCACCAUACCCACCUUAUGAUCCAACUGAUACAUCUGGAUAUGACACAGUAGUGAAGAGGUGGCCCAUCAUCUUGACAAACAUCAUCGAUCAUGUGCAUCGUCUUCUCCAUGACAUGACUUUAGAAAUUCAACAAGUCCGCGAUUCCGACGCUUCCAAGGCAGAAGAACUGUCUAAGAAGAUAACAGAGGGGCAAGAAAUUAUCUCAGAAAUAAGCCGUUUGAAGUAUCGAAUGGCAAGGGACCACGAUCUCGAAAACAUACCUCAGGAUGGGGACAUUCUGGUCGCCGAAUAUAAUGCGGAACUCGAAAGUCUGAAACAGACAUCCCGCGACACUUGGUUCAGGGCACCAUGGUUGUAUGCAGAAUGCUACCUAUACCGUCUGAUCCGCGCGUAUUUUAACCAGAGAACAUCCUGGCGCGGGUAUGACCCAUUUUCUACUCAAAAGGAAGAAAUGUUCAAGAACAGCGGAGCAGCUAUCUAUCAAAUCGCAACCACUAUGCACGAAUUAGAAAGCGGGAAGGUCAAACUUCAAGGGGAUUCCGAUAAACUUGAAGUAUUGUUCAAGGAGAUGAUUCAGAUGUGCCUUUGGUUGGAUCUUUCCCUCCUGACGCACCUCUCGCCGUCGGACAUAGAGCACCUGCAGACGGUCGGUAAAGAGGCUCAGGAAGCUCGAUCAGAUUUCAUCCUUAAGGACGACCAAGGUGCUGUUUGGAGUUACAUCAAAACUCUGGCCAAUCAAGGAAAGCGUUUGGACUUUGUGCUAGACAACGCUGGUUUUGAGCUAUUCACAGACUUCGUUUUUGCGGACUUUUUGGUCACUUACACUCCAUACUUCUCUCAAGUCGUGUUCCAUCCAAAACUGUUCCCAUGGUUCGUUUCUGAUGUCACCCCUACCGACUUUGCGAACACCAUUUCGUCUCUACUUUCUCCCACAUUCUUUCCACCAAACUCCACAACUACUCCAGAUUCUAUUGCCCACUUGCAGCAUAUGGUCACUCGAUGGAAAGAUUAUAUAGAUAAGGGUAUUUUCACUCUCGCCACAGAUAUUAGCAAUGGACAGAAAAUGACGGAGUUUUGGAAUGGUCCGUGGCCUUACUGGAACAUGAACGAACUAGCACCGGAGUUAGGGCAGUGGCUGAGUGGUUCUGGCUUGGUCAUUUUCAAAGUGAGCCCACUGGCAGGAUCGUUCCCGCUUCUCAGUCUUCGUACGAAUAAGGCUGACGUAGCGGUGGGCAUAGAUGAGAAAGUAGCGGAGAAUCUUGAUAACAAAGGCGAAAAGUGGAGAACAAGCGGAAAGUAUGCUUUGGUGAGCUUUUUGCCAGGAAGAAUUGAUCAGUAG